AUGUUCUUACUUCUCCUCGCUUGUGUGUUAAUGUUCCGUUACUACCCACGUAGAUCACACAACGGAUUUGGCUUUAUGGAUGACAACCAGCUCACAUGCGUUAAAUCCUGCAUGGAAGGAACCCGUGGAAGAUUGACCGUCGAAAAAAGACUUCGCUGCGGUAAUAUGUGCAAGAAUCGGUUAGGCUUGCCAAGCGAAAAUGACAACGAUGAUACAAACACGAUUUAA